AUGCACAAUCUCACUACACUCAUCAAGAGACUCGAAGCUGCGACCUCACGCCUCGAAGAUAUCGCGACCUCAACUGAAUUACCCAAAGAUGUUCCCGCUCUGAAGCAGACGAUUGCCUCACCGACGGGCGUGUCUUUGACGUCUACAACCCCCUCGACGGCAACGGCUUCCGUCAAGACGACCCCCAAGCAAACUGAGGAGCCAGUCCCGGAAUCGAUCGAAGAGUUUCAACAAUUCAUAAGCUCGUCUGUGGGCAAAUAUGUCAAAAUCAGCAAUGAACUGGGCGGUGUAGUUGCCAAACAGGCCGCAGAGGUGCUUAAAGGAUUCCAAGAACAGGAAAAGUUUCUGCUGAUCACAACCAAAGCCACGAAACCUGAUGCAUCGACGUACCAGAUAAUUAUCAAACCAAUCAACGAUGCGUUAAUGGCCGUAACCGAGCUGAAAGAGUCGAACCGACCCGACCCCAUGUAUACAAACCUGAGUGCUGUCGCGGAUGGCAUUAUGAUGCUUGCCUGGAUUACAAUGGAUACCCGCCCUCACAAGCACGUGGAGGAGAGUUUGAGCUCAGCCCAGUUUUUUGGAAAUCGGGUGCUUAAAGAACAGAAAGAUAAGGAUCCAAAACAGGCGGAAUGGAUACAAUCAUUUUACCAAGUCUUUCGCGACCUCGCUGAAUACGUCAAGCAAUAUUUCCCGUCCGGGAUUACUUGGAAUGCCACGGGCGAGCCCGCGGGGGACGUAGCAAAUUCGCUCCUGCCGAUCGGCACGGCGCGAGGCACAUCAGAUGCGGCAGGCCCAUCAGCACCUCCGCCACCGCCUCCUGGACCACCACCUGUUCUUGAUAUUAAAACUGAACCUAUUCCGGCGGCGCCUGCGUCUUCUGGCGGAUUCGACGCUGUAUUUUCUGAGCUGAAUAAAGGCUCGGCCGUCACGAAGGGACUUCGGAAGGUCGACAAAUCGGAAAUGACGCACAAGAAUCCCUCGCUGCGCGUCAGUAAUGUUGCAGACCGAGGUCGCUCUUCUCGAGGCAAAAGUCCUGCCCCCGGUAAAAAGCCAAAGCCAGAAAGCAUGCGCGUCAAGAAGACCCCCAAGAUGGACCUAAAAGGCAAUAAAUGGACGAUCGAAAAUCAUGACAAAGAGACGCAGCCAAUUGAAAUUGAAACUACCUUGACGCAGUCCGUAUUGAUCAGCAGUUGUAAUAACACAACGGUAGUAUUGAAGGGCAAGGCCAACCAGGUCACCGUGGAAAACUCAGUGCGCCUCUCGCUGGUUGUUGACACCUUGGUUUCUACGGUGGAUGUAAUCAAAGCUCAAAAUUUUGCAUUACAGGUUAUUGGAACUCUCCCGACUGUUAUGCUGGAUCAAGUGGAUGGCGGCCAAAUUUACUUUAGUAAAGAGAGCAUUGGCACCAAGGUCUUCACCAGCAAGUCGUCUGGGAUCAACCUUAACAUUUUGUUUGGGCCAGAUGACGAUUACAAAGAGGUGCCGCUCCCGUCCCAAAUUUGUUCAUACUACGACAAAAAUAAAGGCGACCUCAUCAACGAGAUCGUGGCUCAUGUUGGUUAG